CUCUUCCCUCCACAGCCCUCGCCGCUGUCCUCACCCAGCCUCCCCUCAGAGUUAACAGUUGCCUGGCCUCGCCCUCGGCCUGUAGCUCCAGCCCAAAGAGGCUGUGUCCACAUUCCCUGGCUGCUAUCCAGCCUGCAGAAGCUGAGACAACAAAGUCCAGUGACUGUGAGGGCUGAGCAGAGGCCGCCGGCGGGGAGGAAGCAGCAGGAGCCACUAAGCAGAGGGGACUCUCCAGCUCCCAGAUGCUCGGGCUCCUGGGGAGCACGACUCUCGUGGGCUUGAUGGCAGGCGCUGCUCUGGCCGUGCUGCUGCUGCUGCUGGUGCUGGCCACCUGCCUGCACGGUGGACAGCAGGACCAUGAUGUGGAGAUGAACCGUCCAGCUGUCAGGAGAAACCGAGUUCGGCAGACCCGGCCUUGGUUCUUCCCAGCCCGGGGCCGCCUGGGGCACUUUCACCAUCCCCACCAUCCCCACCAUCCCCACCAUCCGGGCCAUGGGCCUCACAUGCACCAUGCGGGACUGCACCACCAGCAUCUGCACCACCACCGCCCCCACCAGACCCACCUCCACACCCACCGAGGCCGCCGCUGACGCCCGUGGAUGGCAGCCACUGCCUGCCCUGCCGCCUCCAGGAUGAGUGGACCCCAUGUUCCGGUGCAGAGGGCACCUCUCUGUGUGAACACGGGACGGCGCCACGGUCCUGCUUGGGUUUCAUUUGCAUACGGUGCCCCAGUGAGCUGUGGAGCAGAGGACAGGAUGGAGGAACACCUGGGGCGGCCCUGCUCAUGCUGCAGGGAGAGGAGGGUGAGAGCAGGGGUGAUCUGUGGGGGAUGGACGCCACCUUGCGACUGUAACUUCCAGUGGGCACCUGCAGUGCCCCGGUGCACGCUGAUGCGUGGAAGAUGUGCUGUGCUCUCUCUGAAGUGCUCCCCUCUGACGUUCUCCCCUCUGGCUUACGGGUGGGGGUAGCUGGGAGGGGCCCUGGCAAUGCCCUUUCAUUUGGACAAGGCAGUAUGAGGCUGCACAGUUAAUUCACGGGUGUCUGAAUACAAAAAUAAAAAUAAAAACCACCAAGAAGCUUUG